AUGUCCACAUCAGUCCCUGUCAAGAAGGCACUGAGUGCACUUUUACGCGAUCCAGGAAACUCCCACUGUGCCGACUGUAAGGCGCAACUACAUCCACGCUGGGCUUCUUGGUCACUCGGUGUUUUCAUCUGUAUCAAAUGUGCUGGUAUACAUAGAUCAUUGGGAACACACAUUUCCAAAGUGAAGUCUGUUGAUCUGGAUACAUGGAAGGAGGAGCACUUGAUGAAAUUGAUACAGUUUAAGAACAAUUUGAGGGCUAACUCGUACUAUGAAGCUACUUUGGAUGAUGAUUUAAAGGAAAGAAAGCUCACUGACACAAGCAGUCUACAAAACUUCAUCAAGAACAAAUAUGAGUACAAGAAGUGGAUUGGCGAUCUAUCCUGCAUCGAGGGAUUAGUGGAUUCCGGAGCAUCAGUUCUGCAUAAACCCUCCGCGAAUCAUUCUUCACCUGUUUCGAAUGUAAGCAUAGACUUGAGUUCAAAUUCAUUGCAAAAGAUGCAAGAAUCGCCUUCCCUUACACUUAACACUUCAAAAAGUAAUACGAGCUUAUUGAACCUACAGGUUUCAUCUCUUUCCAAGACUACCUCUAAUACAAGCGCUGCCAGUACUACAACAAGCAUAGGUGCCGCCAGUAAUAAGACCGGUAACAGGGCUAACGAAAUCGGGCAAAGAAACGAUUUGAAGAAAUCCAUUUUAUCCUUAUACUCCAAACCUUCGGCACAGACUCAAAGCCAGAACUCUUUCUUCAAUACUAGGACAUCUCAGCUCUGUAAUACCCCGUCGCCAUUCGUGAAUGCUGGAGAUCUUGGUACAAGUAAUGAUAAUAAUAGUAAUAAUAAUAACAACGCGAACUCAAAUUCCAGUUCCAAAAUUUCAUUGGAUGAUAACGAAUUAUUCAAGAACGUCUGGACUUGA